AUGAACCAUUCUGCGUUCGCCAAUUGGCGUGAGCACUGUGUAACCUGCCUUCUGCGGCUCGAAGUCGUUCCCGGUGACCCUAAUAGCGCCAUUGUUCUUAUCGGUCGGAAUGCGAAACAGAACGAGCAUCUCACAUUUUCAGUGGCGCUGCCCUCCGAUUUCUGGUUGCAUGCGGAGGGUCUCCCUGGUGCCCACGUCUUGUUGCGAUGGCCCUCUGAGAGUUCGUGCAACAGGCCUUCAAAGAGCCUUUUCUCGGAGGCCUUGUCAUUUGCUGCUCACUGUGCGGCGUAUUUCUCAAAAGGGCGAGAAGAGAAACAGUGCCGAGUCGUGUGCGCAGCGGCAAGAAACGUCUUCAAGCCACCAGGAUCUCCUUUAGGAACCGUUUCCAUUAGGGGCCAAGUACAAGUUGUUGCGGGAAGGUAA